UACAGGUCGUCCACCAAACGUGCUCUUAUAAAUUGCGACAACCUUUAUCUUCAUUAUCAACAGAAGUUAAGAUAUAGAAACGAUUGAGAGAAGAAGAAAUUGUGAAGAUAGGAAGAUGGAGAAAGGGCGGUUAUUACUAUUUCCAUUGCCCUUCCAAGGCCACAUAAACCCCAUGCUUCAGCUUGCAAACAUCCUCCACUCCAAGGGCUUCAACAUUACGAUCAUACACACUUCCUUCAACUCUCCAAACAAAUCCAGUUACCCUCACUUCACUUUCCAGUCCUUCUCCGAGGAAAGUCUUGCUGGUUGCACUAGCUUGCUAGGAAAUGUCAAGGAUAUCAUAUUACUACUUAACCUCAUGAACAAGGUCUGGUUUGAUCCUUUUCUUGACUGCGUUAAAAGGCUGUUAUCAAAUUCUUCUGCAGAGGAUCCUAUACGCUGCUUGAUUUCAGAUGCUACUUUGUACUUUACUCAAGCUGUCGCGGAUUUACUUAAGCUCCCCAGAAUUGUUUUGAGGACGAGUAGUCUAAGUUCAUUUCAUGUUUUCCAUGCCUUCCCACUUCUGCUUCAAAAAGGAUACCUCUCCAUGGAAGAUUCUGAAUCAGAAGCACCAGUUCUAGAGGCUCCACCACUCAAAGUAAAAGAUGUUUCAUUGACCUUUAAGAUCGAGGGAGAGGCUUUGGAUGUGAUGCUCUCUGGACUAAUGUCAGGAACCAAGGCAGCUUCAGGACUCAUUUGGAACUCCUUUGAAGAACUUGAACAAUCUGUGCUUCCUAAUAUUCAACAAGAAUUUCCCAUCCCCAAUUUCACAAUCGGUCCAUUUCACAAAUACUUUACAGCCUCAGCAAGUAGCUUAAUCGCACAAGACCAGACUGCACUUUCUUGGUUGGACAUGCAAGCACCACUGUCUGUCUUGUAUGUCAGUUUUGGGAGCCUUGCAGCUAUUGAUAAGACUGAAUUCUUUGAAAUGGCUUGGGGCUUGGCCAAUAGUAAGCAAAAAUUCUUGUGGGUGGUUAGACCUGGAGCCAUUCGUGGCUCAGAGUGGUUAGAGCCCUUUCCUGAUGAGCUUCUUGAGGCAGUAAGUGAAAGGGCUCAUAUUGUAAAAUGGGCUCCACAACAAGAGGUGUUGGCUCAUCCUGCCACAGCAUGUUUUUGGAGUCAUUGCGGAUGGAAUUCAACGUUGGAGAGUAUUUGUGAAGGAGUUCCCAUGAUUUGUUCCCCUUCCUUUGGAGAUCAGCAAACAAAUGCAAGGUAUAUAGAGGCUGUCUGGAAAGUGGGAUUAGUAUUGGAGAAUGGGAUCGAGAGAGAGGAGAUAACAAGGGCAAUAAGGAGAGUGAUGGUUGACAAAGAAGGGAUAGAGAUGAAAAUGAGAAUAUCUUCUUUGAAGGAAAAGGCAAACACUUGUUUAACGGAAGGUGGAUCAUCAUACAGAUCAUUAGAAAGCUUAGUUAGUUUCAUCUUGUCAUUCUAAAAUUGUUUAAGCUUUUCUAGCUCCCUCCAUCAUCAUAAUAUGCAGACCUUUUUUGUAUUGUGUAAUAAUAUGCAGACAUUUUUUGGUA